UAUAAUGACGAUAUAAGCUAAAAUAUUUUUUCUAUAUACAAUGGAAAACGAAGAACGUCUUCAGAGAAUCAAAGGUGGAGCAUUUCUAGCAGCUGUUGCUGGAAUAUCAGCCUUUGUUGGUUUCGGUGCUACUUUAGCUGCUGCAAAGAAAACUGACCCAAAAUAUUUUAGUAAAGGGUUACAUGGCAGUGCAGAAUUUGCUGAUGCUGGUGCAAUAUUGGCAUUACGGGCACUUGGUUGGGGUACAUUGUAUGCUAUAACAGGAACUUCUUGUUUAUGUUAUGGAAUAUGGAAACUCUCUGGUGCAACAGAUUUAAAGGAUUUUAGGAUAAAAAUGGGUAAUAUACUGCCAGUUCUUCCAAAGAGUGACCCACCACAGUCGAGAACAGAAUUUACUGGAUUAAAUGAUUUAUUAACAUAUUUAUCAGAAGAAUAUGGAAAAAAAUCAAUUAAGGGUAAUAAAUAA